UGGAUCCAGAAUUGGCUGUGAGCGAUCAGGCCGAGUUACUGCCGUACAACAGGAAAUGGGAAUUCCCGCGGGAUCUCUUGAAACUUGACGAAGUAUUAGGAAGCGGUGCAUUCGGCGUAGUGAGGAAGGCACAGGCAAAGACGAUCUGCCCACGCGAAAGAGUCACGACAGUUGCGGUCAAGACGGUCCGACCGACGGCCAACCUGAACUGCAUGAAGGCCCUUCUUCGCGAACUCAGGAUUCUCGUUUACUUGGGUCAACAUCUGAACAUUGUCAACCUUCUCGGCGCGUGCACAAAAAAUAUUGAUUUGGGCGAACUCUUGGUCAUCGUCGAAUACUGCCGGUACGGGAAUUUACACGACUACUUGGUGCGACGCAGAGUCAACUUCAUCGAUCAAUUGAACGAAUUCGGAAAAAAACUAUGCGAUUCGGCUGCCCGUGAAGACGCGAUCGAGGUCGAUGACGUCGGUACAAACACGGACAGCCGUUCCGAUGGCAAUUCGACAAUAGUUAACUGCUCGAAUAACGUUACUUCCAAGACUACGGAUGCAAGAGUGGACGACUGUUCCCCGAGUGUCAGUUUAACGGAACUCAACGCGCCGUUGAAGUAUCCAGGUGAUCGGACGGAUUUCAACUCAAGGCCGACGUGCACGCACGACUUGGUGUGUUGGGCUUGGCAGGUUUCUUGUGGCAUGCAGUAUCUCGGCGCGAAAAAGAUCAUACACGGUGACUUGGCAACGAGAAAUAUACUUCUCGCCGAUGACAACGUGGUAAAGAUCUGUGACUUUGGUUUGUCAAAGUCUCUUCGGGAAGAAGAGAAUCAGAAGAGCACGGAGAAUGGUCCUCUCCCCAUCAAGUGGAUGGCCAUCGAGUCGCUCAGGGAUCGAGUGUUUUCUACCAAAUCGGACGUCUGGUCUUUCGGCGUCGUUUUGUGGGAACUGUUUUCUUUGGCGAGAACUCCUUAUCCCCUGAUAAGACCUGAGGAUAUGUGCCGAAAACUAGCCGAAGGUCAUCGUAUGGAGAAACCGCCGUACGCGCCGAGAAGCAUUUACCAAAUGAUGCUUCGUUGCUGGAAAGCGGAGCCGUCGGAACGACCGUCGUUCGAGAAGCUGACGAUCAACAUAGCCGAGCUGAUUGAAGAGCACGUGAAAACGUUUUACCUGGAGUUGGGCAAUCCGUACACCAAGAUUUACGCUGAUAUCUGGAAACGCGAGAGAGAGACUGCGAUGAGCGCGGAAGAAUCGGGCACCAUCGGAGAAGAUUUACAAUGAAAUGAGUACGAUCCACCUAUCGGAUGUCGAUUUAUGGUUACUUGCCCGGGCAUAUCACGAUGCUCAGCGCGCAAAGAUAAAAUUCUGUCGAAGCGACAGUUGCGCGUAACAAUGCACUCGAUACACGGAGCUUACUUUUAAUAUUUGCAAACUGUUUUGAUAUUUCACUCACUCGUUUUUUUUUAAGCUGCAAGUUUCUUCUUUAUUCAGUAGGUUCAGUAGUUACCAAAUGUAAGUCUAGUUUUCAGA